AUGAUGCUGGUAAGAUUAAAAAAAGUUGGAUUACAACUCAUACAACGGUCGUACUCUGUGAAAAGUGCGGCGCGUGUACCUAAGAAAUCUGGCAGAACACAGUUUGACAAAUCGAUGUUAAAGCCCGCCCUGGUAGUUAUAAUAUUUGGAUCUAUGCUAAGUCACGUAUCAAAUCAGCAGAAGAGGCAUGCGGAGUUAGAGAGGCGAUAUGGCUUGAAGAUGGAGAUACUUAAUGAUCUCAUCGGGAGGGCCAAGAAUGGCGAUAUCGACUUUGAAGUGGAUCGCGAAUUAAAACUCGUGAAUAAGUUGUUUAGUCGACACUCCGAUUUUAAAGACUUCAAUUUAGAAGAGGAAGCCGAUGAUGCAAGAGGCACGUAUGAUUCGCAGACUUACUCCAAACAAGAUAUUCUGGAGAGCCUGAAUCGUUCGACAGGCACUCAAGAGCCUGAAUCAUUGGACGAUUUUCUGAAAAGCAUAAUCGAAGAGGCAGAUGAUAAUCUCCUUAUAGAACGCGACCAAAACGUGAGGAAACAAGGGCAACCCCACCACACGACACUGAAAUCUAGCAGUGAAGGAAUUGUGGAGGAUAAGCAAAUUUUGAGACGCGAAGCUGAAAGGGAGAGUGAACUUGAGGAUUACAAACCAUCUACCGAAGUUCACUUGAUUGUGGAGAAUCCCGGUGAAUUAUACAAGGCCGCAGAGGAGACUAAAGUAACAAAAUUUCUAUAA